UCAACAGAACCGAGACAUUUCUGACACACUUUUACUUUCUCCAGACGAGAUACUCGGCUUAAACUGUGGCUGGUUGGCGUUAGUCAGGUUUUGGGAAUAAAUAUUGGCAGUGGAGUUAUGUUUUGGUCAGUUUUUGACAGCAAAUCUGUCGAUUAAAUUUGUAUUUUUAAUAUUUUACGCUGAGGACGGGGAGUUAGAAAAGUUAGCUAGCCGGCUAACCGCUGAAGCUAACUGUAUCGUUAGCUAGCUAGCUAGCUGGCAGGCGCUGGGUAUUAGUUAGCGUAGCAUAGUAGCUACUUUUUCCCCACGUUUUGGGCGAUAAAGGUCUGGUAAUAAGCCCCUAACACAGGAAAAGCACUAGCUAUGAAGCUCUACAGUUUAAGUGUCCUGCAUAAAGGCUCGACCAAAGCCAACCUGCUCAAAGCAGCGUAUGACCUGUCUUCAUUUAGUUUCUUUCAGAGGUCAAGUGUACAGGAAUUCAUGACGUUCACCAGCGCUCUGAUAGUGGAACGCUCAUCACUAGGAAGCCGAGCUUCAGUAAAGGAACAGGAAUACCUGUGUCACGUCUACAUUCGGAAUGACAACCUCGGCGGAGUGGUGAUUGCAGACAAUGAAUAUCCCUCCAGAGUGUGCUUCACUCUACUGGAUAAGGUGCUGGAUGAGUUUUCCCGGCAGGUGAACAGCAUAGACUGGCCCUCUGGUUCACCAGCUACUAUUCAGUACACAGCUUUGGAAAGCUAUCUGGCUAAAUAUCAGAACCCCCGGGAAGCAGAUGCCAUGACCAAAGUACAAGCUGAACUGGAUGAAACAAAAAUUAUUUUGCACAACACAAUGGAGUCGCUUUUGGAAAGAGGAGAAAAGCUGGAUGAUUUGGUUCAGAAGUCGGAGCAUCUGGGAAACCAGUCAAAAGCCUUCUACAAAACGGCACGAAAGCAGAACUCAUGCUGUGAGGUGAUGUGAUGCCAGCGUCAGAUGGACUGGAUGGACUCCUCUAGGCUAUUUUGUCUUUCUUCUCUCGUUCUUCUCUCUCUUUCUCUCCGCCUCUCGUUUCUUUCUCUUUCACUCUUUCCCCUGGCCUGGGCUAGGACACAGAGGGGGCGGCCCUUUCAGAGACCCCUGCGGGCUAUAAUAAUGAGUAUUGAGGACAGAGUGAAUCGCUGAGUCACUAAAUGAGUCACAGAAUGAGUCACUGAGUGAAUCACAGAGUGAAUCACAUUGGGUACAAGGGGCUGAUUUCUUGGACUCCACCACACUUACUUCGCUUUAUGAGGACUCUCUUUUCGGUUUAAAUGAAGGGUCAAAGCUAAACCUUGAUGGUCUCCUCAGGGUGUGGCUUAAAUCAGUGUAGGAUGGACAGCGGGCAGUGUUUUAAGGGGUUAAAGCAAACUUCCCCACUGUGCCUUACUUUUAGGUGGCUGUAUGUUGAUCUUGUGUGCGUUCAGUUAAGUUCAUGUUCAUUUAGCCUUAAGGAGGACGGACAUCUAAGCAACACCAUUUUUUAUCACUCCGCUUCAGAGUAUAGUGAGAACCUGUAGCUGCAGAUACAUGACUGAAUCACCUAAAACAGGGUGGUGGUAAUCUUUUGGAAAUGUCUUUAGUAGUGGUGUUCAGUUUUGCAUUUUACCACAUGCAUUUAAAGAUUCUGCUGUAGUUUUGAAUAAAAAUGCAUUCCAAGGUUUUGUUUAGAGUACCAGCCUAAAUAUACAGCUCUGGAAAAAACUAAGAGACCACUUCAGUUUCUGAAUCAGUUUCUCGGAUUUUGCUAUUUAUAGGUAUAAUUGUUGUCAUUUAAAGCAUUUAUUUGCAGAAAAUGGUAAAUAAUUCAAAAAAAGUUUGUGUUCAUUCAAGUUUAAGAGUUCAGGGUUAUUCUGGAAUAACCCUGUUUUUUAUUCACAGUUUUCAUGCAUCUUGGCAUCAUGUUCUCCUCCACCAGUCUUACACACUGCUUUUGGAUAACUUUAUGCUGCUUUACUCCUGGUGCAAAAAUUUGAUGACGUGUGAUCAUCCAUCUUCCUCUUGAUUAUAUUCCAGAGGGUUUCAAUUUGGUAAAAUCCAAGAAACUCAUCCUUUUUUAAGUGGUCUUCUAUUUUUUCCAGAGCUGUAUAUAUAUUUUGGCAUAUAUAGAUUGAAUCCAGAUUAAGUCUUGUUUUGCCUAAUAUGAUACAACCCACAGUUUUGGGGCUGUUUUGAAAUGCGAUUUGGAUUUGUAUAGAUGGGUCUCAGUCUGGUUUCUGUGGAUGCCUGAAUUGGAUUGUCAGUUUCUUCAAAAAUCUACCAGUUGUCAAGUUUGUGACCACCAGACACGUAAAUCGGAUCGGAUUUGCCUGUCUGAACAUCAUAAACUGCACGGGUUACUGUAUUGCUAAAUUCUGAUUGAGUGUCUAGACUUAAGAUUUACAAAAAUCAGCUUUCGUGUGGUGUCCAGACUAUCAUAAAUCAAUUUGGAUACAAUCUACAUACACCAAAAAUCAGAUUUGGGCCAGCAGUCUGAACAUCGCCUUAGUUGAGCACUUAAUAAUAAUGUAAAUGUGCAAAUUGGUUGUGAGUGUGUUGCUAAUCUGACAGACUAGAGUGUGGGCUCCUAUGAAAUCAGUCUCCAUACCUUUGGGUGGCAUUAUCUAACAGUAUCCAACAUCUAGAACAGGCCACCAGAGAUUCAUUCUAAACUGAGCCUGUAAAAAUGUGUUUGGCAUAUUUUUGAUUAUGCCUGAAUUGAUUAUAAAGCAUUUAAUACUCUCUACAAACAGUGAAUCACAUUUGACACUAAAGAAAUCAUAGGGAAUGAUUCAUAUCUCAGAGGCAUUUACAUUUAAAGCUGCAUUCACAUCAUCAAGCUGAAGUGACUCAAAUCUGAACUUUUUUAUUGGUUGUGUGAACAGGUAAAAUCCCAAUAUUUUCAAAUCGGAUUUAAUUCACUUUGUUUGUGUUUAGAAAACCAUUCCAGAUUAGAUUUUUGGUUUAUUAAGAUUGCAUCCACAUAGAUUUUUGGCAGUAUGUACUGCUACAAUCCAUCUUUUUACACUCAAAUCAGAUUUUAGUGUGACAAGCAAACUGGAUCUAAUUACUUGCUAAAUAAAAGUAAUCUUAGCAGAUUUGAUUUGAGAAACAAAUCUGAUUUGCCUGUGGUUUAAACAUAGCCUUUCAUAUGUGGUUCUAUCGAAACAUAAAUGUGAACAUUUGGAUUCAGAUUUAAUUUGCCUUUUUGCCAGUACAGCAAAAUAAACCAAAUUAGAGAUCACGUGCAUAAAUGUCUUAAUGUUUGCUUGCCUGUUGUUCCAGAAACGGAUUUGUUGGCUCAUAUUACAGACCGAUAAAGAGCACUUCCAUCUGCAAAUGUGAACAGUCAAGAAGGCUAAAUCUGAUCUGAGCAUAAAACAUUUAUUUUUGGGUCUUGUAAUGUGAACACAGCCAAGCGGACUCAAAUCUGAUUUAAAAAGAUUAUAUUUUACAUGUUCAAACCUUAGAUGCGUUGCUAGUUAAGGCGCAAAACUCAUUUUGAGUCUUUUUAGCCUGGUAAUGUGAAUGUAGGCUAAGGGGCAUCCUGAGACUUAUUUUUUGCGUGUUAAAAACAGUGUACGAUCCUCGGCUGUACUGAAGUUCCUCUCCAGAGUGUGUGUGUGUGUGUAUGUAUGUAUGUUUGUUGUAUAUCUGCUGUGGAGAAAUGAUCAAGGAACGUUCUAGACUUUCCAGAGUGCUUUACUAAACAGGCACGCGUCUUAAAUGACACUUCUGUUAAAUGUUGGGUUUAUUUUGUGCGUAUGCUGGUUUUGAUUCCUUGGCGUAAAAGAAGUGACUGAUGUUUUUUAGUGAUCUGAUGGUGUUAUAAUAUUUUACGCAGAAUUACUGCUCGCUCGAUUCGCGUGGCUUCUGUGUGUCCCUCCCGUGGCGCGAGGGUAACGUUGUAUAAAACAAUGGUGAAUUUCCUUGUCGAGAACGACGAGGCGCUCCGGAGGACCUUUUUGAGGUGCCUUUCUCGUAAAAUUGCCAAAUCCUCGCUAGCUCAUGUAAUCUUUAACUUGCCAUAAUGGCAGAGUGCUCUCUGUAUGUGUAGUUGUGUAUAAAAACUAAUUUUGCAAAGUAUACUCCUCUUACAUGUUCAUUAAUUGUAUUUAUAUGCAACAUGUCGGUUAAUAUUGGUCAUUAAAUGUACUGUAAUGUAUUUCUUUCAGUUGGACGCGGAUUUAAUCGGCUUUGUACUCUGUAGUUUUUAAAUCUUACUCUUGUCUUAAUGUACUCUAUGUAUGAUUAACACUGCAGUUGUGUUUAGUGGGAGUUUUCUGCAAUCUGUAAAAACUGAAUAACAUCACUUUGCUCAA